CGACUUAACUCACUAUGAGUUAAGUCCAGUUAUUGAAAUGAACAGAACAUGUAUUUGUCCAGGCAAAGAAACAUAACUCUCGCAUUCGAUAGAAUUGCGCGGUUUUGACACUAUCCCCCCAAACACCUAUCGUGACACUUUCCCUUUUCUAACCCGCGUAUAUCUACUGCGCAAGCGCGAAUUGCUAGUUCUUUUUGAGUUCCAUGUCGACGAAAAUACAAAUUGUCUCGAUCACGAAAUCCAAUUCAACACCAUCGCCCGUCCUCGACUGACUUCCAACAUAUUUGGGUAAAGUAAACACAUAUAUAAUUUGCGAAAAUGUUGCGACGUACGAAACGCCCUUCCAAAUCACCUUAUGCCAGACCGGCACAACACCCUGCACUUCGUUCAUUGCCCACACGGACUUCGACCCCUGCAAUUAUUGCCCAGACUCAACCCCGUUCGACAACCCAACCCCAAGUGGAGAACCAGAUAGAGGACACGCCUCUCGCUCAACCACUAAGGCAGCCUCCCAGCCUCAUCACGGAAGCAACUGUAUCCACACAGCCACCAGCAGCACCUGAGACACCCUACAUAACAGGUGAAAAUCCUCUUAUAAGCAUCACUGAUGAGCUUGGGGUUCACGUCCCUCAAGCCAUCAAAGAUAAAAUUUGGGCAAAACAAUAUGUUGAUUUGUCAAAACUUCUCGAUUCAGAAUCAGAAAACGGCCAUGAUGCGCACAAAUUUUCAAUCAUAGAGGGUCAAUUAGUUGCAGAACCCAAGGUCAAACAUAUUAAAAUUGCCACGAUCGAUAACUGGAUCGAUGCGUUUUUAAUAUUCGCAAGUAUAUAUCUCGCUAGGCACCCUUCCGACAUCCAGGCCAUCUUGAAAUAUAUCCAUACCAUUCGCAUGGCACAUGGCCGCCAAACAAAUUGUAACUGGCUCGAGUACGAUAGGCAGUUCAGGUUAAAAAUCUCAAAAAAUCCCACUAUCUCCUUUGGUUCCAUUGAUGCUGAGUUAUGGCUCAUGUAUAUGCAAUCACAGGUCUCCUACUCAUCAAAUCACUCAAAAACUGCAUUCAAGUGUUUCGAUUAUAAUUUUAAAGGUUCAUGCCUUAAACCACACUGCACAUUCCAACAUGUUUGUAUGCACUGCAACAAGUCUCAUCCCCGCAUACACUGUUGGUCAUUCAACUCUCCUCAAUCCAAGUCUACUACCCCAACUCCCCCUCGUCCAAACACGGCUCAAAACUAUCCCCCACAAAGUAACGAUUUUCGAAAUUACAAACCAAAACAUUCUUUUCAACCACAGCGGACGAGAUUUAAUCAACCUAGGUUCAACUCCAAUUAAGCGCCCAGUACUUGCGAAAUAUUUAGCACUAUAUCCAAAUACCGAAGAUGCCCAAUUUUUGCUUAACGGUUUCUCUUUCGGAUUUUAUUUGAACUACUCGGGUCCUAGAGUUUACCUACAUCCGAAAAACAUGAAAUCAGCAAGCGAGCAUGCAAAUCAGUUAUUGACUAUUAUUGAAAAAGAAAUCGCAUUAGGACGUAUAGCUGGACCUUUUUCCAACCCCCCUUUUCCCAAUUUCCGUUGUAACCCUAUAGGCGUUUUGCCUAAGAAAGACGGGGGUUGGAGGUUAAUUUCAAAUCUAUCGGCACCUGUAGGUAUUAGCGUUAAUGAGCAUAUUGACCCCAUUUUGUGUUCAGUUCACUAUGCUUCAUUCGACCAGGCAAUUUCCUUAAUACAAACCUCGGGUAAAGGGGCGUUACUUUGCAAGAUGGACUUGUCUAGUGCAUUCAGACUUUUGCCAAUUCAUCCAUCAGAUUUUGCUUUAUUAGGCAUGUGUAUUCGAGACCAAUAUUACUUUGAUAUGUGUAUGCCGUUUGGGUGUGCCAUCGCUUGUUCAACAUUCGAAAAAUUUUCAUCAUUCCUCCAUUGGCUAGUAGGCCGAAAGGCACUCAAUCAAAAUCUCACCCAUUACCUUGACGAUUUCUUGUUCGUUGGUAAACAAAAUACUUCACAAUGUUUAGAUAUUGCCAAUAAUUUUCAGGCAACUUGUGAGGAAUUAGGCGUUCCAAUAAACCAUAAAAAAAACACAAGGCCCGACCACACGAUUGUGUUUUUUAGGUCUGGGAAUCGAUACGGUAGCACAGACCAUUUUUAUACCAGACAAUAAGAUUCAAGAACUUCAGUCCAAACUUCAUGCGUUAGUCGCUUUAAAAAAGGUUACCCUUAAAGAAAUGCAAUCAUUAUGCGGCUCCCUCAAUUUCUUUGCUAAAGCCAUUCCAGGCAGCAGGGCAUUUAACCGCAGAUUCUAUAACUCCACCAUUGGCAUACGGAAACUUUACUUUCUAAUCAAAGUUACACAAGCAAUCAGAGACGACGCAAAUGUUUGGCUCAAUUUUCUCGAGCAUUACAAUGGGUAUUCCCCCUUUCCAGAAUUACAUUGGUCUACUAACCAGGCCCUUAACCUCUUUACCGAUAGUUGCGGAUCCUACGGCGGAGGUGCAAUUUUUCAGAAUCAUUGGGCAGUAAUUUCCUGGCCAUCUUCAUGGGGUAACGAGGUACGACGGGAUAUUACUUUUUUAGAGCUAGUUCCCAUCUUAUUAGCUAUUUGGGUCUGGGCUGAUCAUUUUAAAGCAAAGAAAUUGCUUAUAAACACCGACAACAUAGCUUUGGUACACAUACUAAAUUCUCAGUCUAGUAAGUCUCAGCGCGUCAUGUCUCUCUUAAGGCCACUAAUAUUGUUAUGCCUGAAGUACAACAUCCAGAUUAAAUCCACUCAUAUAUCGGGCUAUAAAAAUUCCAUUGCAGACUCUAUUUCUCGAUUUCAGUGGGAAAAAUUCAGGACCCUCGCUCCACAUGCAGACAAGAAUCCAGCCCUCAUACCUCCGGCAUUAUUGACUCUUUUAGACCUCAAGUAGAUUGUUUGCUUGACGCCGCCAUAGCAAAAAACACAGCAUCAACUUAUCAAAAAGCCCUAAACUCUUUUCUGAACUUUCGUAUCAAAUAUAAAUUGCAGUUAUGUUGGCCCCCACCAGUUGACCAGUUUAUUAACUAUAUUGCUUUCUUGAGUGCCAACAAAGUAUCGUUUUCAACCGCUAGGUGUUACCUAAGUGGCAUUAGUUACAAAAUUCAGUUAGAGGGCGGUAUUGACAAUACUAGGGCAUUCAUAGUAAGGAAAAUGCUAGAGGGAUUACAUAGGCUGAACCCAGCAAAGGAUACCCGUUCCCCUAUCACUCUUCGUAUACUGAACCAGUUAAUACCUAUUCUGCCUGUAGUUUGUUCAAGCUCAUACGAAGCCACUAUGUUUUCCACCGCUUUUCAGUUGGCAUUUUUUGCAUUGUUGCGGGUUGGCGAAAUUACCUUCACUAGUCAUGCCACUCCUACACUGUUGUACAAUGACGUAUCAAUAGACGAUGAACAUAUUUCGUUGUUUAUAACUGGUUCAAAAACGGAUCAAUACAAUAAAGGGUUCUACUUUGCACAUUCCACUGAACUCCCAAACAGAUUCAUUGUUCAAGCACUUGCACAACUUUUUGUCCAUUAGACCCCAAUCACGUGGCCCAUUUUUCUGCCACCUUAACGCCAAACCGCUCACUAGAUAUCAAUUUACAUCAUUAUUGCACAGGUCUAUUGAAUUUAUCGGUUUAGAUACCUCUAUUUUUAAGUCUCAUUCAUUCAGAAUAGGUGGAACUACCCAUUUGUUUUUACAAGGAAUCCCCGAAGAUGAAAUUAAGGCUAGAGGCAGAUGGAAAUCUGACGCAUUUAAUUCCUAUAUCAGAGCCUAAAGUUUAAAUUUUUUAGUAUACCUGCAACAUUUCGUGUUCUAAUUGAAUACCCAAGUUUGUAGGUUCCCGUACUACUGUCUGGAUCAUUGGCUCUUCCAUUAUUAAUCAUGCUGCCCGCCACGCAGAAAAGCAUUUCGGAAGCCAGCAUAUGGAUCUACUACAGCACAAUGUCUCAAUUUUUUGGUCCGGUAAGAGCGGUAUGGUGUGGGAGGAGGUGGAGCCAAUAGUUAAAAGUAUUGUUCAAAAAAGGGGCAAACCUGACGUUAUAUUAAUUCAUGGCGGGGGUAACAGUAUUGGUACAAUGCCCUUGGCUAGAUUGCAAAAGUUCAUGAAAUUAACUUUUGCAAAUUUACAAACUUUUCUUCCACAAACUCGAUUCAUAUGGUCCCAAAUUCUCCCCAGGCGUUACUAUAGACAUAUGUUCUCAAAUAUUGCAGCCGAUAAAGCACGUAAGCGUAUCAACAAAUCUUUAGCGCCAUUUGUAAUAGCACGCAAUGGCGCAUACAUAAAAUACUCAGGACUUCAACAAUGUUCUUCCACGUUUUAUAGAGACGGUACGCAUUUGUCGGAUAUUGCUCAGGUUACGUUUUUAAACACCAUCCGGGAUGGAUUGCUUAGCAUCAUCCAAAGAAACGCUCGAAUAGUUCCUUAACCACACGGCUAUUUGAUAAGCAGUCUCCCUGUCAUGGCUCGAGCAAAAUUUUGCCCGCUCGUGGCGGAUGUCUUCAUGUACGUAAAUAUUUCUCAUACAUACAUGAAGACAUUUGGCCGAAUUUUGCUAAGCCUGCCACAGAUUUUGUUUCAUUCCAGGUCCGUGGCUAAUAAUUAGGCUUAUUGACAUUGCAUGAUUGAUAUUGAUUGAUUGACAAAUUGAAAUGAUUGAUUGAUUGAAAUGAUUGAUUGAUAUAUUGAUUGAUUGACACAUUGGUGGAAUGAAAUAUUGAUUGAUUGAUUGAAAAUAUUGAUUGAUUGACACAUUGGUGGAUUGAAAUAUUGAUUGAUUGAAAAUAUUGAGUGAAUUAUUGAUUGAUUGACCGAAACAUGGAUGGACUAUUGAUGCUACAACACAACUAUCCAAAAGUCGUUGUAGAUCAUGGAUUUAUACAUACUGAUGUUUUGUAUUAAUAUGAACAUUGUCGUUGAAUUGAAAAUACGUUUUUAUUAAGUAAAGCCAUGACAAAGACUGCUUAUACGUGUUAUCGUUCUGUUCUAUUGAAAUAAUCCGACUUAACUCACUAUGAGUUAAGUCCAGUUAUUGAAAUGAACAGAACAUGUAUUUGUCCAGGCAAAGAAACAUAACUCUCGCAUUCGAUAGAAUUGCGCGGUUUUGACACUAUCCCCCCAAACACCUAUCGUGACACUUUCCCUUUUCUAACCCGCGUAUAUCUACUGCGCAAGCGCGAAUUGCUAGUUCUUUUUGAGUUCCAUGUCGAGGAAAAUACAAACCCUCCCUACCCUCCCCCUUUUUCAUAACAUACAUGCAUAUCAUCCUUUUUGUGUUUUUGCUGUCUCCCUUUUUGUGUAUUUCAGGAUUCAUUUUGUCCACGCCAACGUGCCUCGAAUAUCUGCCUUCACGAAGCGUCAUGGCUCUACAACUUAUGAGGUGUCAGUGGUCAAUGAUGGUCAAUUGCCGAAUUUUGCUAAGCCUGCCACAGAUUUUGUUUCAUUCCAGGUCCGUGGCUAAUAAUUAGGCUUAUUGACAUUGCAUGAUUGAUAUUGAUUGAUUGACAAAUUGAAAUGAUUGAUUGAUUGAAAUGAUUGAUUGAUAUAUUGAUUGAUUGACACAUUGGUGGAAUGAAAUAUUGAUUGAUUGAUUGAAAAUAUUGAUUGAUUGACACAUUGGUGAAUUGAAAUAUUGAUUGAUUGAUUGACACAUUGGUGGAUUGAAAUAUUGAUUGAUUGAAAAUAUUGAGUGAAUUAUUGAUUGAUUGACCGAAACAUGGAUGGACUAUUGAUGCUACAACAUAACUAUCCAAAAGUCGUUGUAGAUCAUGGAUUUAUACAUACUGAUGUUUUGUAUUAAUAUGAACAUUGUCGUUGAAUUGAAAAUACGUUUUUAUUAAGUAAAGCCAUGACAAAGACUGCCAA